AUGGGCGGUGCCAUUCUCCAUGGCAUUCUCGACGCAGCAUUCUCCGGCGGCGCCGCAAGCUCAGAGUCAUGCCCAAUCUCCCGUUUCAUCGCAUGCACUAAAUCAGUUGGCUCGGCAGACCGUCUCCAAGCCGCGCUUCGGGAGGAACACAAGCCCCACGUAAAGGUUGUCUCCGGCCAAAUCGUCGAGACAAUGAAGGAAGCCGAUGUCGUUGUUUUGGGCUUUAAGCCAUUCAUGGCGGAGGAUGUAUUAAGCAUUCAGGGCGUUAGAGAAGCAUUGAAAGGAAAGCUCGUCAUCAGUUUACUCGCUGGACAGUCGCCCAAAAACCUCAAUCGGAUUAUCCAAGGUACAUCGGGGUUAGCCGGUGCUGCGGCUAUUGUUCAGGUUAUUCCAAAUAUGGGUGCGCAGUUCCGGCAGUCGAUGACUAUUAUUCGGGAGCCUGAUGAGCCUUUAUCGGGUGUGUUUAAGGAGAUCCUGGAAUGGAUGUUCAACCAGGUUGGGUGGGUGAAGUAUUUGCCUGAGAGUCAGAUGCCAGUUGGAUCUGUAUUGGUUGGUGCGGCGUUGGCAGCUAUGACGGUGCCGAUUGAGGGUAUUCUGGAUGGAUGUGUUGCUGAGGGAAUUAAGAGGCCUGAUGCUAUGGAGAUGACGCUAUAUGGUCUUCGUGGGCUAUUAGCUGCGUUGGAGGCGGGGAUACAUCCAGCUGUGCUUCGUGAAAGCAUCUCUUCGCCGCGGGGAUGUACUAUUCAGGCACUUUUAGCUCUCGAGAGAGCGGGAAGUAGAUCGGAUUAUGCGGAUGCAAUCAUUAAGGGGACUGAGCAUUUGAAAAAGUAA